CUAACCACUCAACCUAUGAAAAGAGUUCAAAGACUCGCAGUAAUUAUUUUUUUCAGUAAUUAUUAAAAAAAAUUGUUUAAAAACAAUUUAUAAAAAUAACAUGUUACUAUUUUAAUUCAUAUGUAUACGUAUAUUCAGAAAUAGAUUGUUGCUUCUAUAUAAUUACUCAUUUGUAAUCAAGAAACAGUGAAAUCCGUGACAUUAACCAAAAUUCUUUUUGCCACAUCUGAGUUGCAGUUAUUCCAAAACUUCACAAUUUUAUGACUUUUUUGUUUGCAUCCAUUGUUUUUUAAUGAAGUUAUUAUUAAAAAACUCUAUUUACAUAUGUCAAAAACGCGAAUCAUUAUCAAUGGAAAACAACGACAUAAUCAAUCAAUUACACUAGUGAAUACUUUUGAAUAAGUAAUGAAUUUAUAAAAAGUGAAACAAAUUACUAUUAUUUUAAUAAAAAUGACUGCUAUGGACUUUUUUGGUUGUGCAUUAAUUGCUUUUGGGCCUCCACUAGCAAUGUUUGCUUUAACAAUAUCAAUAGAACCAAUAAGAAUAAUUAUAUUAAUAGCAAGUGCAUUUUUCUGGUUAAUAUCUCUUUUGUUGUCAUCAAUAUUGUGGUAUAUAGUGGUUCCAUUACAAAACAAUCUUGCCUUUGGAUUAGUUUUUUCUGUAUUAUUCCAGGAAGCAUUUAGAUUCCUUCUGUAUGCAGUGCUCCGAAAAGCAGAAAAAGGAUUGGAAAAAGUCACAACUGCAAAUCUAGCAAACAGCAGGCAUAUUUUUGCAUACGUGUGUGGCUUGGGUUUUGGAUUAAUGAGUGGAGCUUUUGCAUUGGUAAACGUUCUUGCUGAUGCUGUUGGACCAGGCACAAUGGGUUUACGUCAAGGAACUGAAUACUUCUUCAUAAUGUCAGCUGCUACAACACUAUGUUUCAUACUAUUACAUACUUUUUGGGGAGUGAUAUUUUUCUCAGCAGUUGAUCAUAAAAAUUGGGUACAAAUAGCAUGGGUGGUUCUAUCACAUCUAUUUGUUUCAUGUAUGACAUUGCUCAACAGAUAUCAGGCUUACACAGCCAGUUUAUUAACUGCAUAUUUAAUACUCGUGAUCACAGCUGCACUAGCAUAUAAAAUAGUUGGUGGUAAAGUAACGAAUAUUUUAAAAUGUUUCACCUUUUCUAAGUAAUAAAAGCAGUGAUAAUUUUUACUCAGUAAUUGAUAAAUAACAUCUAAAAUCAACUAUUGAUUUAUUGAAAAUGGUUUAUUUUUAGUUUAUUUAAUUAACAGUCACAAAUCAUUGCAGAAUAUCAUUAAAUAUUUAAUCACACGUUUUUUUUUCAAUUUUUUUUCCUCUAUUUUGGUAUGAGUUAUUGUGUGUAAAAUCGAAAAAUGAAAAAUAAAAAUGUGACAUAAUAUCUUCAUUAAAAAAGUUUCCGAACAUUAUAUAAAUUCAUAUAAUGUUUAUUUAAGUAUUUUGAUAUUUACAUUAAAUAAUACUAAUGAUUUAUAAAUUUAAGAACUUGUAAGAGAUGCCAUUAAUAAUUCCAUUUUGUUGAGAAAAUUCUUUCCUUCCAUUUUAUCCCAUCGAACUUCUUUAAAUGAGCCACCUAAAUUUUCCCACUUUCGUUCACGUACCAAUUGUCCUGGGAAGAAAUCUUUCCUGGGUGAAUGAGCUAUAGCAACUUGAACACCGGUUUGUGGUUCACAUCGUACUGCUAUCAUUCGAUCACCUAUUGGAGAUGCUAAUAUACAACUGCUUGCAUUUCCAAGAGGCUCUACAGCACCUAAUCCAAGGUGUGUACUAUUUGCCAGAAAUUGCCAGCCCAUGCAUUUUGCUAAAUUUUGUACUGCUGUUAUUUGAUGUUGAUGAAUCUGUAGAAAUGAAUUAAAAUUAAAUUAUUUAUUAGUCUAAACCAA